GGGGCGGGGAGAGACCCGGCGGCGGCGACAGGGCGCGGAGCGGAGCGCGGUGCCAGGGGGGUGGGGGCCCGGGGCCCGGCUGGGGCGGGCGCCGGCGGAGGGCGUUCGCUGUGAUCGCACGCAGGAAGCGGAGCCGCUGAGGCUCGAAGUGGGCCAAGGCCGCUCCCAUGGAGACCAUGUUUGAGGAUGACAUCAGCAUCCUGACCCAGGAGGCCCUGGGGCCCAGUGAGGUGUGGCUGGAUGGCCCCGGAGACCCCUCGAUGGGGGGGGACAUGGGCUCAGCCUCCCACUUCGCCCUCAUCACGGCUUAUGGGGACAUCAAGGAGCGACUGGGGGGCCUGGAGAGGGAGAAUGCCACCCUCCGCCGCAGACUAAAGGUCUAUGAGAUCAAGUACCCGCUGAUCAGUGACUUCGGUGAGGAGCACGGCUUCUCUCUGUAUGAAAUCCAGGACGGCUCCCUGCUGGAGGUGGAACAGGUCAGCCUGCAGCAGAGGCUCAACCAGUUCCAGCACGAGUUGCAGAAGAACAAGGAACAGGAAGAGCAGCUGGGGGAGAUGAUCCAGGCUUACGAGAAACUCUGCGUAGAAAAGAGCGACCUGGAGACGGAGCUGGGAGAAAUGCGGGCUCUGGUAGAGACACAUUUGCGGCAGAUCUGCGGCUUAGAGCAGCAGCUGCGGCAGCAGCAAGGUCUCCGGGAUGCAGCCUUCUCCAGCCUGAGCCCCCCGCCAGCCCCCACCCCACCCUGCACCGACCUAGACCUGCAUUACCUGGCUCUGCGAGGGGGAUCCACCAUGGGUCACGCGGCCUGGCCGGGGCCCUCGCCGAGUGUGAGCGAGCUGGAGCGGCGGCGGCUGGAGGAGGCGUUGGAGGCGGCCCAGGGCGAGGCACGGGGGGCUCAGCUCCGGGAGGAGCAGCUGCAGGCUGAGUGCGAGCGGCUGCAGGGGGAGCUGAAGCAGCUGCAGGAGACGCGCGCACAGGACCUGGCCUCCAACCAGUCAGAGCGGGACAUGGCAUGGGUGAAGAGAGUUGGUGACGACCAGGUGAAUUUGGCACUGGCCUACACGGAGCUGACGGAGGAGCUGGGCCGCUUGCGGGAGCUGAGUUCCCUGCAGGGGAGGAUCCUGAGGACCUUGCUGCAGGAGCAGGCGCGGAGCUGCGGCCAGAGGCACUCGCCGCUGUCGCAGCGCCACUCCCCGGCCCCGCCAUGCCCGUCGCCGUCCCCGCCGGCCCGCGCCCCGCCGCCCUGCCCCCCGUGCCCGUCGCCCGUGCCGCAGCGCCGCUCGCCCGCGCCCCCGUGCCCGUCCCCCCAGCAGCGCCGCUCGCCCGCGCCCCCGUGCCCGCCGCCCAGCCCGCAGCGCCGCUCGCCCGCGCCCCCCGGCGGCCCCGCCCCGCAGCCCCGGCCCCCGCCGCCGCCGCCCCCCGCCGACCGCCCGCCCGCCCCCGAGCGCGCCUACGCGCGGCCGCCCGCGCAGCUGGCCAAGGCCGGCUUCCAGGGCCGCCGCAGCUACUCCGAGCUGCUGGAGGGCGCGGCUCUGGCCGGAGCCGUCCCCGCCUGGCUGCAGGCCGAGGCCGCCACGCUGCCCAAGCCCCGCGCCUACGCCGCCGCCACCGGCGCCGAGCUCUACGGGCCCGGCCGGCCGCUCAGCCCGCGCCGCGCCUUCGAGGGGCUGCGGCUGCGCUUCGAGAAGCAGCCGUCGGAGGAGGACGAGUGGGGGGCCGUGCCCGCCAGCCCGCCCAGCCCCGAGGCCGGCGCCAUCCGCUGCGCCUCCUUCUGCGCCGGCUUCCCGAUCCCCGAGUCGCCGGCUGCCUACGCCCCCGCCGAGCACGCACAGUCCUGGCCGUCCAUCAACCUGCUGAUGGAGACGGUGGGCUCCGACAUCCGCAGCUGCCCCCUCUGCCAGCUGGGCUUCCCCGUUGGGUACCCGGACGAUGCCCUCAUCAAACACAUUGACUCUCACCUGGAGAACAGCAAGAUCUAGGCGCCUCCCCGGCCGUCACCCCGCUCACUCUGAAUGCUGCAUGAAUUUUAUGGGGGUCCCUGCUCCUCGCAACCCCCAGAUACCUCCACUAGCUCUCGAGUCAAUAUGUGUGCCAUCUUCCCUGGUCCAGGCACACGCAGCUCUGGCUCUUCGGGGCGGCGCUCCCAGCUUCCUGGGGAAGUGGGGAGCUGGGCUGAGACAGAGGGGUGACGCCCCAGCCCCUCCCUCUGCCUUUGUUCUCAAACAGGGUUGGAUCCAAGGUGUCUAGUGCUUGGGGAGAGGUGGGGAUCAGAGGUUCCCUAAGCCCCUCCCCAAAUGCCCACCUUUCUGGGAGCACCGCCCUGUGGGGUGCCAGAGGCUGCCCCAACACUGACGCCAGUUCCUCCAUCCCGUGGCCCAGAUGGGAGGCUCCUGGCACAGGUGGAAGAGGCGGCAACGUCCCGCAGGCCAGCCUGUUCUCCCCCUCUGCCCACCCUGGGGAGCAGGGAGGGUGGGAGAGGAGAGGGAGGACCCAGCCCAAAGAGGCUGCCAGGGCACUGCACUCCUGCGCCUCCCCCACCCAGGCGCAGAUGAUCAAGGCAGGUGCCCCUCCACCCUCCCCUACCGGAGCCCACCGGGACCCAGCCUCUGUGUGCUGGGUGGGUGUCAUUGGCCCCUGCUGCCUGGGUCAGGACCCCAGAACCGGCCCCGGGUGCUGUGGAGGUCAAUUUCAAAAGAGCUAACCCCCUUCCCGCACCUCACGGACCCACAUUCCCUCUGUGAAAUCUACCUCAGAGUUGUACCCUUAGAAGGGUGGAAGCAGGAGGCUGAGGGGGGGGCCCAGGGCUGAGGUAGGGAGCCUCCUGCCGGGGAGCCUGAUGUCCACACCAAAUGCACCCCUCACUGCGAGCCUCCCCUAGGCCUCGGCCAGGCUACCGCCUGCGCAUGCUCCGUUCUGAUCCAACUCUUCCAGGCCUCCCCUCUUCGCACCCCUCCCCUCUUGGUGCCGGGGAGUCAAGGGGUGCGGUGGGCGGGGAAGGGGCCACCGACUCCAGAGACGCGUGUCUGUCCAGUACCUUGAGUGUUCCCCCUGGGAGGGGACAUGGGGAAGGGGCCAGGAGGGGGCGGGGCCCGUGCCCUCUGAACAAGAGGGAUGUCCGAAUAAAGCUGACCUGUCCAUCUGCA